ACUACUUUCACUCCAAAUCAUGCUUCAAAUUGCAUCACUUUUGCAGCAAAGCUUUAUGGUUCACAAGGCAACACCCUGUAUGUGGGUAUACCACACAAUGAAGGAAAAAGGGUUUUAUAUAAUGAAAAUAGGCUGCCCACUGCUUUGGCGGAGAGUUUGAAUUACAGUCGCAGUGUGCCAUCGCGGAAAAGG